AAUGAAGGGUUAUGUUUUGAUGACAUUAUUGUUUUCUAAAGAAAGAUUUAAACUUCAAAUAUUAUGAUUUAAUAGAUUCUAUUUAUUUUAAUCAAAUUAGGACAGGGCAGCCUCAAAUCCAGAAAAGCAAUACCCAAGGAUAUUCACCUGGAGUAUGAGCAAACCAUGUCAUGGCUGGAUAGGACUAGUGUGGGAGAGCUGAACUCGCAAAAAGUUUGAAACAGUUUUGAAUCGAGCGACGCGUGAAGGAGGUGUCAGUUUUGCCGGGGUGUUAAGAGGAGCAGAGCAGGCAGAGGCAGGCUGGCACGAUGGGUUGCCAAUUCUCGUGCAAAACGUCUUGCGGCGCGCCACACUCUCUCGACGCGAUGACGGUGGCUAACGGUCACUCCAAAGAGAAAGCGAGUCCUUCUCCCAGGUUGACUCCUGCAUCGGCACUCAGUAAGCAGAAGACCGUCAUGGAGCACGUCAGCUUCUCUCACGGCUCUGGCCGAAUGCCAAUGGUUGGCCUUGGAACAUGGACGGCAAAAGAUGAAGAAAUGGAGGCUGCUCUGGAAAUGGCUUUGCAGAAUGGAUAUCGACAUAUUGAUACAGCAACCGAUUAUCACAAUGAAAAAGUUAUAGGAAAAGUGUUGGAAAAAUGGAUAAAAGAUGGGAAAGUCAAGAGAGAAGAGCUAUUCAUCACAACAAAGCUACCUGUUUAUGGAAAUCGAGCAUCUGAUGUGGAAAAGUGGUUGAACAGAUCUAUAGAUAACCUGCGUUGUGAGUACAUUGACCUGUAUCUCAUUCAUGUUCCAUUUGGAUUUGCAAAAGGUGAAUCAGUCACAUUUGAUAAUGACGGCAGAGUGCAACUGGACAACGACACUGAUCAUGUCGCCAUGUGGAAGGAAUUGGAAAAGCAGGUUGAAGCUGGAAAGGCGAAAGCUAUUGGUGUGUCUAACUUCAAUCAGAAACAGAUACAGAAAUUGAUAGUUUCAGCAAAAAUUCUACCCGCCAAUCUGCAAAUAGAAAACCACAUAUACUUGCAACAACAUCAACUCGUUGAUUUUUGUCAUGACAACAAAAUUACGGUGACUGCUUAUUCUCCUCUAGGAAAUCCAAGUCUUCAAGGAUUUUUCUCUAAAUUGGGAAUAACGAAAGAAAUUCCAAGUGUCCUACACUGUCCAGAGGUGGUUGACAUUUCAAAAAGAAUGAAGAAAUCUGCAGCCCAAGUACUUCUACGUUACAACAUCCAACGAGGAAUUGCCGUUAUUCCUAAAAGCAUUAAGUCUGAAAGACAGAAAGAGAAUAUAGAACUGUUCGAUUUCAAACUGACAGAGGAGGACAUGAAGGCUCUGCGUUCCUUGGACCGUGGCGAAGAAGGAAGAAUUGUUCGAUUUGAAUUCUUUAAAGGAGUAUAUGAUCAUCCAGAAUUUCCAUUCAAAGAAGAUUAAUUUGAAUCGGGAAAAGAAUGACACCUCGAGAAUAAUUUAAGAUUUGUAUGAUAAAAGCAUACAACUGGAAGCCAACCAACUUUGUACUCUAAAAAAAUACAUCCAUAAUACUCAAUCUUUAUUAUUAUUAAUGUUUUGCUCCGAAGAGCAACACUGGAAAAUGUAAUGCAAGAAACGUAUUAAAGAAAUCAAUAAAAUUUUAUUUGAAAUUCAA